AUGAAUCCAACAAUUAUUACCUCCAAACCAAUUGUUAUUGUUGCUUCCGAAGUAACAGAAAAACCUGGUAAUCCUACAAACUCAUGUUCUAUAAUCGUGGCUGUUCGAAAAAACAUCAACGGUAGAAUAUUAAAAAUGAGCAAUGCAAUGCGUAAGAAAGUAGAUAAUGGUUAUAAGAAAUGGAAACACCAACCGGAGAAUAUUAAUGCAAUGCAUAGGAAAAGUGAUAAUGGCGAAGAAUAA